CGGUAAUAUGGCUCUUCCUUAGCCAGCGGCAGCGGCCAGCGCGGGGACAGAGCAGUCCUGCCUCUCGGGUGGAGGGUUGUAGGCAGCAGGGGCUCGGAGGGUCGUGGGUACGAGGCAGCGGCGGAUGCGGGAGGAGCGCCAGUCCCGCCGCCUGGCGGCCGCUGGGUCAAAAUGAGCUCCUCAGCGUCGGUCGGGGGCCCGGUCCCGCCGCCGCCCCCGGGCCCGGCCGCCGCGCUGCCGCCAGGUUCUGCCGCGCGGGCCCUGCAUGUGGAGCUGCCGUCUCAGCAGCGGCGUCUUCGGCAUCUUAGAAACAUUGCGGCCCGGAACAUUGUUAAUAGAAAUGGCCAUCAACUGCUUGAUACCUACUUCACACUUCACUUGUGUAAUACUGAAAAAAUAUAUAAAGAAUUUUAUAGAAGUGAAGUGAUUAAGAAUUCCUUGAAUCCAACAUGGCGGAGUCUCGAUUUUGGAAUAAUACCAGACCGUCUUGAUACAUCUGUUUCUUGCUUUGUGGUGAAGAUUUGGGGUGGAAAGGAGGACAUCUACCAGCUGUUGAUUGAAUGGAAAGUCUGUUUGGAUGGACUGAAGUACUUGGGUCAGCAGAUUCAUGCCCGCAACCAAAAUGAAAUAAUUUUUGGACUAAAUGAUGGCUACUAUGGUGCUCCAUUUGAACAUAAGGGUUAUUCAAAUGCUCAGAAGAAUAUUCUUCUUAAGGUGGAUCAGAACUGUGUUCGCAAUUCUUACGAUGUCUUCUCUUUGCUACGGCUUCAUAGAGCCCAGUGUGCAAUUAAGCAGACUCAGGUAACUGUUCAGAAAAUUGGAAAGGAAAUUGAAGAAAAACUAAAACUCACAUCUACAAGCAAUGAGCUGAAAAAAGAAAGUGAAUGCCUGCAAUUAAAAAUUUUGGUGCUUCGCAAUGAACUGGAAAGACAGAAGAAAGCUUUGGGACGGGAAGUAGCAUUACUGCAUAAGCAACAAAUUGCAUUACAGGAAAAAGGAAGUGCAUUUUCAACUGAGCACCUCAAGCUUCAGCUCCAGAAGGAAUCCCUAAAUGAGUUGAGGAAAGAGUGCACUGCAAAAAGAGAACUCUUUCUGAAGACUAAUGCUCAGUUGACAAUUCGUUGUAGGCAGUUACUUUCUGAGCUUUCCUACAUUUACCCUAUUGAUUUGAAUGAGCAUAAGGAUUAUUUUGUAUGCGGUGUCAAGUUACCUAAUUCUGAGGAUUUCCAAGCAAAAGAUGAUGGAAGCAUUGCUGUUGCCCUUGGUUACACUGCACAUUUGGUCUCCAUGAUUUCCUUUUUCCUACAAGUGCCCCUCAGAUAUCCUAUAAUUCAUAAGGGGUCUAGAUCAACAAUCAAAGAUAAUAUCAAUGACAAGCUGACUGAAAAGGAGAGAGAGUUUCCAUUGUAUCCAAAAGGAGGAGAGAAGUUACAAUUUGAUUAUGGUGUCUAUCUUCUGAACAAAAAUAUAGCACAGUCUUAUUCUGUGCCUUUGUAAUGAAGACACAGAAUCAAUGGGUACCAGUUGGAAUCCUGCUAAACUCAGAAGCCCUUUUCUAUGAUCUUACUUGAUGGUGGACUUGUACUUGAAUGUGUGGACUUUAUAAUUUCCUGGUCUGCAGCUUGAUUGGUAAUAGCUUUCUUAGACCACUUCUAGGGACUCAUUUUGCUUUCUUGUUUAUGGAGUAAAAGUUUAGUGCCUUUGGCAAGUCCUUAAUGGUCUUGUUGUGUCAUACCAUGUCAUACUCAUUAUCCAGGACCCAAAGGAAAAGACCCAGCAUAUGUUCCUUCCAACCCAUCUUGGAUUUCUGUGGCUCUUUCAACAGCACAUGAGUUUGUAACUCACUUGAAUAAUGUCUUUCCACAUACCAUAGUGAGACUAUCAGAUGCCUGAGUUUGUAUUUUUUCUGAAAGAAAUACGUAGCAUUUCUUUAGUACACUUGCAAGAGAUGGAUGUUCCAUAAAUUUUCUAGUAGUCAAGAAAGACCAGUUUCAGUGCUUUGUUCUCAUUAGGACAUCCUUCCAAUUGGACUGUCACAUGGAUGGAUACCCUCAGCCUAGCUGUUAUUUAGAGAUAUUAUCAGCUAUAUCCUUAGACCUUUCAGUUUUGUGGAAAUAAUAAAAUUUGUGAUGCUUUUGCUUCUGUGAGCUGGAGUUACCUUUUAUCCAUAUAAAUCUAGAAUCUUACUGAACAAUUUCCUUGUUCAUGUCUGAUAAACCUAGAAUUAUACCUCUAUAUGAUGCCUUUCUUUUCUCAACCAACCUUAAUUUAAUGUUCAUUUUUUUAAAUCUGGUUUUUAUUAAGAUUGCUGUCCUCUUGAAAUUGGAUCAAAUUUCUAGUUUGUGAUCCAAUUAAAAUCACUUGCUUCAUAACCCCAUACUCAGUGUCCCUUCAGUCACACUGCUUUUACUGUUACUUUCCCUCUCACUCAUGUUCCUCCCUCCAGCCACACAAUCUUGUGCAGUCUCUGGCCCAUGACUCACCUUUUCAUGUGCUGUUCUUCCCACAAGAUGCUUUCCUUUCCUCCAUUUUUGGCAGAUAAGUAUUUCAGUCAAAGAGCAGGACUUUAAUGUCAAGACUGUCUAGCUGUGCUGAUCACAGUGGUGUCAUACCAUGGAAAAGGCAGUGCUUUGACAAACUGCUAAAGAAGACAGCACUAAGGAAGAUGAAGUAAAUUAGUAAGUCAAUUAGGCGGCACCUCCAGUGAAGUCAGUAGGUGGAAAGAUCACUUGGAUGCAACAGGGUGCAGAGUCUGGGAGCAAAAUUGGUGUUCUUUAGUAGAAUGCUCUGUGCCCUUAGGUCCUUGUCCUAAGGUUGAAAGGUUGUCAGAAGCUUCCAGGUGAAACUCGCCCCUACCAAAUGCCUGGAUUUCCUCAUAAAUCCCAGCUUCAAACACGCACAUAUGCAUGCACACAUGCAGACAUACAUACACGUGCAACUACACCCUUCUUUCUUCUCAGGGCCUAGUAGGAAUGCAAAGAAUGGUAUAGAGAGGAACUGAGAAUAGCCCAGCUUGCUUUGGGAGCAAGACCAAAUGGAGUCUAUUUGAAAUGGGAAACAGGAAGUGAGCCCUGCAUACCAGACUCAUGGCUCUAGUGACUGAUCUCACUUGGAAGAACUUCCCAAGUAGUCUCUGACUUUCUCCUUAACUAGACCAAAGCCACAGAUAUGCUCAACAAGUUUUAUACAUCUGUUUAAAAACUGGAUUGUUUCUAGAAACUUUGAAUCCUCUCCAUUCUUUUUGUAAAUUGAGAGAUUUGAAUGUGAGGGUGUUAAGAUCAAUAGAUCAGCCACUCUGCAUCUUGGGAAGCAAGUAUCUUUUUACCACCACUGUGGCAGUUUUAAAAGGAGGGGACAGUAAACUUCCAAUUUAAAUAUUUAGAUGGAAACUUCUGUGAAACAUGUGAUCUUUCAAAUUUGUGACCUUGGGGAAGGCUUCUUUUUGUCUUUAGCCUUACUACCACCACUUUUUCACAUUUUGAUUUGUAACAAAUCAAAGAACCAUUAAUUAUUGUGACUCCUAACCAAGUGUUACAGCAAUAAGAUAUUUCCAGCUUUUGAAGGUCUAUUUAUGUAUACUAAUGUGUGUUGUCAAAGGGGAGUUUGUCUUCUCAGCCAGUCUCAUUUGUACCUCAUCUCUAGAGAUGUGAACAAAUCAUACUAUUAAAAUGGCCCCACCUCAGUAAUUUAUAAGCCACUUUAGUGGAGGUGGAUGAAAGCAUUGGCAUGUGUUAAAGUGCCAGAGAAAAAGGAGUGAAGUCAUUUAAUACUGCAUCCAUAACUUGGUCGAGGAUUUGAAUAGUCAAUAGGGCCUUUCAUCACAACCAGAAGUAGUAGUAAAAUCACUUUUUGGUAGAGGAAAUGACAGAAUUUAGUAAUAUUUGUUACUUCAGUAUUUGGGAUCAGUCCAGCCGAUGUUUUGAAAGCACAGGCUUGGAAAGACAGGCCUUCAAGUAGAAAUCUUCAAGUGUUGUUUAAAGAGCAGGGAGCAUUGAUCAGGCCUGCUUGCCUUCUUCAUGUCACUGCUGACUGAAGGUAUGUGUAUAUGUGCUGGAUCAGAUAUUGAAAGUGAGUCAAGCAAAUGCCUUGUUUUGAGCACCAUUCACUAAUGUGUCAAGUGCCAGCCCCUUCAUUUGGAAAUAGACUUCCUUAUUGGUUGACAUUGUAAUAGUAUAGAAAUGAUCCUGUCAAAACUCAGACAUGGCAUAAUUAGCAUUGAUUCAGAAAUGAGGUACUACCAUAAUUGUCAGUAAGCUUUUAAGUAUAUUGUAUUAGAAUUUACAUAUAGAACAAUAGUUUGCUUUUAAUUCCCAGAGCAUAAAAAGUAGUAUAACAAAAAUUAUAAUCCUUUUUCCUCAUAGUUAGUAAGGAAUAUGC